AUGUGGCCAACACCUUCCUAUGGCCUCUUGUGUGUUUCUCCAGCUCUGGGCUGUGCCGUAGUGGUCUCACUCACUGAGAUCACUGUGCUCCAGGGCAAGGAGGCCACAUUCCCCCUGGAGGUGACAGACAUCUCCACAUUCGACUACCUCAUCUGGACUCUGCACGGCAAGGCAGUGGUCCUCAAGGAGCGUGGAAAGCCCACCCUCACGCUGCUGCCAGCAUUGGUAGGCAGAGUGACCCUUCAGGAGUCCAGCGGCAGCUUGCAGAUCCGUAACGUGUCACUGGCGGACAGUGGCCUGUACCUGGCAGCCACGCAGAAGGGGUCAGAGCGCCGGCUGAUCCGACAGUAUUGCCUGCUUGUCUUUGACAUCAUAAGCAAUAUAGUCGCCUGGCCCAACGGGAGCUGCAGCUUGGAGCUGACCUGCCAUGUGGCACGAAGCCAGGACCGCAACAUUACCUACAGUUGGAAACGUGAAAACGUGAAUGGAAAUCCCUCCACCCAGGGUCCCAAACUCUCCCUCUACCUGGGCCCCUCGGACAAAAGCCUAUCCUACAGUUGCAUGGCACAGGACACCAGCAACUCCAGCUCCCUCAGCAUCAAACCCUACCAGUUCUGCCGCAGCAGCGUAGAGGCAACAGCAGCCCACUUCAUGUCCAGCACGAUGCUCUCCUGCCUGCUGAAGGCCUUUGCCCUGGCAAUGGUGGUGGCCCUGCAAUGACUGUGCCCCACUACAAACACCAGGAGGGAGCUGCACCAGGAGGGAUGGAUGGAUGGACCGGGAGGAAGGUCCCAGCCCAGCUGCUGCUUGGUUCAGCUCAUGUCUCGUCCUGGCAUCAUCUUGGCUGAAUGCGCCUCUGUCCUGCAGGGCUGCUGCUGCUUUGGGAAGCCUCUGUGUCCAUACUCCCACCUCCCAUGGGAGCCUCCCCUCUAUCCCAUUGGGGCUUAACCCAGUUACACCCACAGGGGUGCAGACCCCUGACCCAGACUCAAAAUGCAUUGCCCAACUUCUUCCUCUGUAUAAAACCCAUGACCCUGUCCUCUCCCGCUACCCUACAUGGGGGUAACCCUGCCCUUUCCCUUGCAUAGAUACAGGACCUCACCCAGAGCUCCCUUAACACCAGCUUUGCAUCUCCUCAUGCCUACAACUCUCUCAAUAAACCAGGGGUGGCAUUUGA